AUGCUUUCCCAGAGUCAGCGGUGCAUCGACCAACUCUGCUUACUCGCCUUAGAGACGAACAAAAGAAUCGAGCCGAUCAGACGACAACAAAAACUUCUCGAAGCCGAGAUGGGAAAAGUAAAAAGGUCACUGCAAUCAUCAUCCGAGGACGAAGAUAGAUUCUACCUCAAUCCAGGCUUCAUAAGCUAUAUGAAGUUGAGAGUUGAGUCUGACAAGUGCUCGGGAGAAUGGCCCUUCACUGCUCGACUCGCACAUCCUUAUACAGAGGAGCGUAUAAUAGGGCACGGAGAAGAGUUGAUAAACUUCUCUCAGAAGCUGAUCGAGGUGGCCCGAGACAUAGAGAUGAUAAUGCGAGAAAUAGGGUGUCAGAAGAUGUCGUGCUUACCUGACGACAAGCAUGUGUCUCCAGGAUCGUGUUAUUCAGCCGAUUGGGCAGCCGAGUGGCAAACCUGCAGCAACUUCGGACGGGGAUAUAAGGCGCUGAGAUAG